AUGACAUCUACGUCGCAGCUUUGUCAGUCAGAUCUAUUCGAGAAACGCUCUGAGCUCCUCAGCCGUGACGCUCGAGUGGUUCUCUCGUACGAGAGAGCCAGGGCUAUUGGCUUAGCGCACGGCAUUACUCUUCAUGACACUUUGGAUUUGACGCAAAAAUUUUGGGACAUGCACAUUGAUCCAAUUGUGGUCCUAGACGGGGCUGCGUUCACGCUACUGAUCAUUCAGUACAAUUUGGUCGCAGGAACGCUUGCACAAUAUGCUGCAACUACUAGACCUGAUCUGGUUUCCCUCGUAGAGGACAUUCUUCGAUGGGAUGUUAUUGGUCAAUUCUGCCUUACCGAGCUGGGGAGAGGCCUAGACAUCUUUCGAAUGAAGACAUCAGCAACACUUCUCCCAACGGGUCAAUUCGAUCUUCAUACGCCGUUGCCCUCGGAUGCCAAGUUCAUGCCGCCAACUGUUCCAGUGAAAGGUCUUCCAUGUGUCGCUAUUGUUUUCGCACAACUGUACGUGAACGGCGAAUGCCGUGGACCUCGACCGUUUCUUGUCAAUAUAAACGACGGAUAUCAUAUGUGCAACGGGGUGACUUCAAAGUUACUACCACCCAGAGGAGGCUCAGCUCCCGUCAACCAUGCACUUACAAGCUUCCAUCAUGUUCGCUUACCACCUUCAGCCCUUCUCGGGGACCUCGACAAGUCCAACAGAAUCCAUCAUGACUUUAUGUCCUCUAUAUGGCGUGUUAUGGUCGGGUCGCUAGCCAUUGGCUCAAUGGCAAUACCUGAUCUUCAGAUGUCAUCGUACAUUGCGGGCGUUACUUUCAGCCUCCCUCUACUACAUGCCAUUGCUCAGGCGUUCGUUCUAAGAGCGUUUUAUAAAUGGGCUAUCGAACAGUUCAUGGACAAGAAUCUCGAUGUCCGUGUGCGACAUGGCGUCGCGGCUUGCUGUAAAGCGGUCAUGGUUCAACACGCACAACUUGCAAAUUAUGCCCUGUCUGAAAGAAUGGGAGCUCAAGGCCUCUUCGAAUAUAAUAGGCUGUCCAAUUUAUAUAGCGAGAUUAGGGGAGUUAGCAUCGCUGAAGGUGACAUUUUAGGGCUUUCUAUGCGUCAGUGCAGACUCGUGGAAGAUACCUUGGGGCAAAUGUACACGUUACCUCUCUCGACACACCCAGACAGCCCCCUUGCGUUGCACGAAAUCUCGUUAUUCGAUGAGGCAACCGAGACGGUUUCCUCCUCAUUCGACUUCACACAAGGGUUCAUGCAAUAUGUGCAGCCGCGCUGUCAGCUGAUGGUUGAAUCCAUGGGACAUCGCAUGGCCUAUGACGCCGCUGUCGACCAAGGGAUAUCCCAGUCUCUCGUCGAUCUGUAUCUCAUCAACGCGAUCAAGACAGAUGCUGCAUGGUAUGUAGAGCGUAGCAUACUUACGCGACAGGCCAUUAUGCGUAUGGAGGAUACUGCUUUGUUGGCGGCUUUGCCUCGCCUGGACGAGUUGCUCGCUGCUAUGGAGGUUGAGCCAUACGUUUCGUCACCCAUCAUAUCGGAUGAGUGCUGGGAGAAAUUUAGCAAGACGUUGCCUGUCUAUAGCUCCCCUCAGGCUGAGGUGCUAGCGCAGUCGACUUUGGUUUCGGAGCGAGCUCGACUUUAA